CAACCCCCGCGACUUUGACUUUAACUCAAUUCGACGACUGUAUUUUCAUUUCCUCCCAUUAUCUUCUCUCAUUCACGCAACGUACUUUUAAUAUCUCUCUCCGUUUCUUCCACCAUCCAAAAUGUCCGACCAGGUUCAAGAGAUUCUCGAGGUUCCCUCCGAGUUCGUCAGAGACGGUGUUCAAUUCAUGCGACGGUGCACUAAGCCCGACCAGAAGGAGUUUCUGCGACUCUGCCAAGCUGUUGGCGUUGGUUUCCUCAUCAUGGGCGCCGUCGGCUACGUUGUUAAGCUGGUGCACAUUCCCCUUAACCACGCCCUCGUCGGAAGCGCAUAAACGGUCACGCGAUACGUUGAUGAGAUUCUGGAUGGCGACUUGAUAAUCCAAAAACCCGCAACACGGGAACGAGGACAAUCACACCUUUCUUGCUUGCGGGUAUGCUUAACGGGGCGGAGUUACAUGACAUUAUGGCGGGCACGCGACACACUUCUACGCUGAAAUUCGACCGAGCGCCAUGGGAGAUGAGAAGGAGGAUGUGCUUUCACGUCCAAGGCGCUAUUUGUGUGGAUUGAGAAAUAUCCACUACGAAAAAGACGGCUACAGUGAUUAAUUGUACAAAUAUAUCCAUUGUUAUUUCUGCAAUAUUGGCCUAGUCCAUCCCAU